CAAAACAAAAAAUUUAUCCCUCAGUACAAAAAGAAAUGCCGAGAUCAAAACAUUGGAAGCCUUUAAGCGAAAAAUCUAGACAGAACUUUCGUGAAAUUUUAAACAGUUCGAUUCCAGUCGUAAUUAAUGGUGUUCGUGGAAAAAAAAAAACAGAAUUACAAAAAGUAUUAGAUAGAUUAAUUUCAAAAAUUGAUAAAAAGUUGGAGACGCUCCUAGUACCAACAUACCCGAAGAAAGCAAAUUUCGAUUAUAACAAGAUUCAUUCUCAAAAUCAAGCAUUGGAGAUGGCAUUGGCCAACGAGUUAGAGCAGAUAAAUCAAAUGGAAGUUAAACUUGAACAUGAGACAAUGCUUUUGGAAGAAGACUCUGAAAUAUUAACCAAACUUAAAAGCGAUAAAAAAGCUGUUGAAACUAGAAAUAAAAUGCUUCAUAGGACAAAACUUCAUCCGCUUUUAAAGAAUGAAUUUAAAGACCUUGUUGAUGUGGAUGAUGAAUUAAUUAAAAAUCAUCUUAAACCACUAAAAGAUCGAUCAUUGUGCCUUUGGGACCCCGAACAAGAUCAUGAACUUUGUGAAGUCAAAAAGUCUAUUUCUUCUCAUUUACGAUCAAUUGAAAAAAAUACGAAAGUAAUAGAAAAUAUAGUAAGUGAAGUCGAAGAGACAGAAAAAAUUUUGAUACAGCUAAUGAAGAAGGCGAGUUUAGAAGUUUGA